CGUGAAGUGGCGACCCGACGAGGGGGAGGUCCCUAUGCGAGGGAGGUCCUGGUGGGAGUCAGUCGGUCGCUGCUCUUGGCACGCGAAGGUGCGUGUUUCCUCUGAGCGCCAUCAUGGACGAAGUGGAGUCGAAGUUGACUGGGGGCGAUAUUGCCGUGAUCGUCGCUUACUUCGUGAUCGUGAUCGGCGUCGGAAUAUGGAGUUCCAUACGGAGCAAGAGGCACAGCGUGAGCGGAUACUUCCUCGCUUCUCGCCAGAUGCAUUUCAUCCCGGUUGGGGCGAGCCUGUUCGCGAGCAACAUCGGGUCGGGCCAUUUCGUGGGGCUCGCUGGGGCGGCGGCGGCUAAUGGCAUCGCCAUCUCGGCCUUCGAGAUCAACGCCAUGUUCGUGCUCAUCCUCCUCGGUUGGGUGUUCGUCCCGGUUUACAUGUCCAGUGGGGUGUUCACCAUGCCGGAGUACCUGAGGAAGAGGUUUGGGGGACAGCGCAUUCGGGUCUACCUGUCGGUGCUGGCGAUCAUCCUCUACGUCUUCACCAAGAUCUCUGCGGAUCUGUUCGCCGGGGCGGUGUUCCUCGACGAGAGCAUCGGUUUGGACUUGUACCUGGCGGCGGUCUCCCUGCUGUUGCUCGCCGGGUUCUUCACCAUCGGCGGGGGGUUGACGGCGGUCAUCUGGACGGAUUUUGCGCAGACCAUCCUCAUCGUCAUCGGGUGCUUCAUUCUCACCAUCAAGACCUUCAUCAAGGUCGGUGGGUACCAGACGCUGGUGGAGAAGUACUUUGAUGCGUAUGCGAAUAUUUCGCUGGUGGACAAUAGCACGGGGAAGAUUUGCAAUGCUCCACCGGACUAUGCGAUGCACAUCUUCCGGGAUCCGAGUCCCGGAGCGUCGGAUAUCCCGUGGACGGGGCUCAUCUUUGGGAUCACCGUGUCUGCUGUGUGGUACUGGUGUUCGGAUCAGGUGAUCGUGCAGCGAGCCCUGGCCGCGAGGGACAUGAUCCACGCGAAGAGCGGCUGCAUCUUCGCCGCUUACUUGAAGUUCCUGCCGCUGUUUCUGCUCGUCUUCCCCGGGAUGGCCGCUCGGGUUCUCUACACGGACGAUGUCGCAUGCUCGGAUCCGGACGAGUGCGAGCGCAUCUGCAAUAGCCGGAGCAGUUGCUUCAACCGGGCCUACCCGAAGCUGGUGGUGAAGGUCAUGCCGGACGGGUUGAGGGGUCUCAUGCUGUCGGUCAUGCUGGCGUCGCUCAUGAGCUCCCUCACGUCCAUCUUCAACUCGUCGUCCACCAUCUUCAGCAUCGACAUCUACAGACGGUUUCGGAAGAACGCGACGGAUAUGGAACUCCUCGUCGCCGGAAGGUGCUUCGUGAUGUUGUUGGUGGGCGUGAGCAUCGCCUGGCUGCCCAUCAUCCAGGCGUCGAAGGGGUCCGGGCUGUUCGAUUACAUCCAGAGCAUCACGUCCUUCCUGGCCCCGCCGGUGUGCGCGGUGUACGUGCUGGGCGUGCUGUGGGAACGCAUCAACGAGGCCGGGGCGUUCUGGGGGCUCAUGAUUGGACUCGUCGUGGGACUGAUCCGGUUCGCGCUCGAGUUCGGCUUUCCUCCUCCCGCCUGCGGGGACGUAGAAACCCGACCCGAGGUCAUCCAGCGCAUGGUGGGGGAUUUCCACUAUCUCCACUUCGGGUUCUUCCUCUUCCUGUUCGUCUGCCUCGUCACGACCGUCAUCAGCCUGCUCACGAAGCCGAUCGACAGAUCCCACCUGCCGCGACUGACGUUCGGGACGCGGUUCAGUCGGAGGGUGAGGAUCGACCUGGACGAGCUGGAUGCGGACCCGGAAGAGGAGGAGCGGCAGAGGCAGAAGGAAAAGGAGCGGCUGCGACGACGAGCGGAAGCGGGGACUCCGCCCCUGUGGAGACGAGCCAUCGACUGCAUCUGCGGAUUGGAUGCGCCUGAUGCCGAGGAGGAAGCGAUGGAGGAGACCCAGCAUAAGAUGAGCAAGGAGGAAGAGGCUGCCAAGGCUGCCGACUUUCUCUACGAGCCUCCCUUCUGGCGAAGGUAUCGUUUCCGUCACACUCCUCCUUCAAGUUCCCAUCAACCACACCCCUCCCUCGCCUCCUCCAGCCACACUCCUCCCACAGCCACUCUCCUCCCACAGCUCUUUCUGCCACCUCCCUCUCCCGUCUGUUUCCCUUAG